UCCGUUUCACACCUAUGUUACCUUCCGGUCAUUUCUCUGCGUCGCGUGGAAAGAUUUACACUAAUAUUUAUUUAUUUAUUGUAAUAAUUUGUAUACUAUGAGCACUAGUGAAACACUUUAGUUUAGUUUCAAGUUGUCGAGGUAGUUGUCAGUUGACCAGUCUCUGUCGUGGGCCGCCUCCGGUCCGGUUAGUAAUCUGUAGUGCGAGCCUUCCCUCUGCCGGAAAGCAGGCGUGACUGCCGCAAAAAUAGAAAGCUUAUCCCGCGAGCGGAUUUGGAUCGAGAAUUGCCAUUAUAUUCUGAAGGGCUUGACUUCGAAAAUAUACCGACGGGAUGAGUGGAGUCAGGAACUUUAAAAACUGCGGCUCAGUGUUGGUAACGGGAGCCAGUCGGGGACUCGGCCUGCAGAUUGUCGAGAACCUAGCUAGUGGAGAGUUCUCUCCACGCAAGAUUAUUGCCGCGGCCAGAAAUGUCGCUGGUGCGGAGAAGCUUCAGGAACUGGCAGGGAAGUAUCCACACAUACACGUGCUAACUUUAGAUGUAGUGAGUCAGGAAAGCAUUGAAAAGUGUGCAGAGGAGGUGGACCUGCUGCUACAAGAAGAUGGCCUGAACUGCUUGAUCAACAACGCAGGAAUCAAUGUGCUGGCUGACUUUCACUCCGUCACUGCAGAGAAGAUGAUAGAAAACUUCCACACCAAUGCCGUGGCUCCUCUAAUGAUCACCAAGGCCUUCCUGCCUCUCCUGAAACGAGCUGCGGCCAGAGAAGCGGCGGACGGCGUGAUGGGGAUCCAGAGAGCGGCAGUUAUCAACAUCACCUCCCUGCUGGGCUCCGUGCAGCUCAACUGGGGCGAGGGGGCCAACAACUUCAAAUGGUACCCCUACAGGACCUCCAAGAGUGCCCUGAACAUGGUCAGCCGCAGCAUGGCUGUAGAUUUGGAGCCAGACGGGAUCCUCUGCACGGCGAUCCAUCCCGGCUGGGUCCGCACUGACAUGGGUGGGAUGAUGGCUCCAUUGAGUCCUGAGGAGAGCAUCUCCUCUGUCCUGUCUGUGAUUGGUGGGCUGACCGAAAAGGAUCAUGGGUCCUUUCUGAACUUCACGGGGGAUCAGCUGCCAUGGUGACCCACUCUCCAGUAAAUCCAGCUUUAUGACAGUUCAGUUUGUUUACAGUGGUAUUAUUUUACCACCAGGAAGUUACUUUAAGAGUGUUAAAAGUCAACAAAAAAACACAUUUGAACUGUCAUUAAAUACAUUUUAAUACAGAGUUCUUACCGGUAAAAAGCACUUUUAAAAAGUUUUAUUAUUUAGCAAUCUAGGGGGUUAAAAAGCUUGGUUAGUGGACGUGUUUAUUUUAAUCUGCACUUUAAAGCACCCCCAGUUUAAAGAAACUUCAAGUUCUCUUCUAAUUGAUCUUCUUUGUUGAACAGAUGAAGGAUCGAUCAUUAAAUUAAUAACUGUUACUGUCAAAAGGCUGUUUAAUUGUUUGCACACACAACAGCCGUUUCUGAAUUCUUGAUCGUAUAAUUUCUUAUGCAAAAAGAAAAAGGCAAAUAAUUUUUCACACUAAAAUAUGUUAAUCUAUUUAUUUUUGUUUUGUUGCAAAACCUUAAAACAUAUGCAAUGUAUAAAGGGGACAAAAAUAUGCUUUACUAUGUUUCAAGAGGCUAACAUGAAAGAUUGUAUAUAAAUCUUUAGCACUUGCUGCUGCUGUUGGUGUUAACAUUUUUAACAUAUUAUUAUUAAAGCAUCAAUAAAAGUUUGAAUACCAAUGAAAA